CCCUGUCGUCGUCUUCCCGCACGCUUCCGAGCGCCGCCCUCCCCUUCUUUCCCCAUCGCCUCCCUUCCACCCCCUCUCAUCUCCGUCUCCCGCGCCGACGACUUAAGUAGGGUUUGGCCUUAGGGUUCAGGCAAGAUGGGUGAGCGCAAAGUGCUGAACAAGUAUUACCCGCCGGACUUCGACCCGUCGAAGAUCCCGCGGCGGCGGCAGCCCAAGAACCAGCAGAUCAAGGUGCGCAUGAUGCUCCCCAUGAGCAUCCAGUGCGGUACCUGCGGGACAUACAUAUACAAGGGCACUAAGUUCAACUCCAGAAAGGAGGACGUCGUCGGAGAGACAUACUUGGGAAUACAAAUAUUUAGGUUUUACUUCAAAUGCACUAAAUGCUCUGCUGAGAUCACAUUCAAAACGGACCCUCAGAAUUCUGACUACACAGUGGAAUCGGGGGCUAGUCGCAAUUUUGAACCAUGGCGUGCACAGGACGAGGCAGCAGACAAAGAAAAGAUUAAACGAGAUGCUGAGGAGAUGGGUGAUGCAAUGAAAGCGUUGGAAAAUAGAGCAAUGGAUUCAAAGCAGGAUAUGGACAUCCUUGCAGCUUUGGAAGAGAUGCGGUCCAUGAAGUCUAGACAUGCUGGUGUCUCUGUUGACCAGAUGCUUGAAAUUUUGAAGCGUUCAGCACACGAGAAGGAGGAAAAAGCAAUUGCAGAGCUUGAUGAAGAAGAUGAGGAACUUAUAAAAUCAAUCACUUUCCGAAACUCUGGAUUCUAUGUAAAGCGGAUAGAAGAUGACGACGACGAUGAUGAUGAGGAUUUGGCUCCUGGCCAAUCAAGUAGAACAAUAAAGAUCAAUGAAUCUUCUGAAUCUGUGACUAAGCCAACAGAUGUUUUAAGCAAAAAUAACGGAUCAGAGGUUGCCAAUAAAGAAGGGAGCAAGAGCUGGAUGCCCAAAUUUAUUGUGAAACCGAAGUCUGCAAGCGCAGAUUCUCAUAAGAGACAGAAGAUUGAAUCCACGGCUGUCCAAGACACCGGGAAAGGCCAAGAUGAUGAACAAAAAAGUGAACCUGCGAAGCAAACCAAUGUUCUCCAGUCCCUCUGCCAGAACUACGAUAGUGAUGAUAGUGAAUGAAUGAGGACACCGCCCUCUUGAAGCCAUAACAGUCCUGGUUGCCAAUGCUGUAUUAUACCAGAGGAUGUUAACACAUGUAGUUCCCCAAACCACUGGCAUUGUGCCAUCAUGGCACAUGAUAUUUAUCACAAAUCUCUGAUUGUCAAUGGGCCAACUACAAGUAUUGGCUCUUACAAAUAUGGGCUAUCCAGAUAGAGCUGCGUUAUUGGAUAAAAUGAUAGUUGCAGAAAGUCAGAUCUGCGGUUUGUACAUCAAACAGCCAUACACAAGCUUGUUUAUGCAGCAUCACUGAAUUAAUCAUUGUUUGUUUGAAGUGUGUGAU